AAACCAAAACCAGAAUGGUCAACGUCAACAAAAAACAGUGAUAAGAAACAACAAUGAACUGAUACCUUUCAACCGUUUUGAAGAUGCUAACUAUAAUUUUAAUCAUAUUUCUCUUUUUAUAGUAAGUGUUGUUUUAGAUUUCAAUGCAAAAUUUUGACACACAAUUCCUAACUUAAUCUCAAAUGUAAUAAAUAAUUUCAAGAAGCAACUGUAAUCUUGAGGACUAUUAUUUUUAAUAUGGCUUUUUGGGUUGUGCGAAAACUGAAAAGAGAAACGACUGUCCUUUAAAAACCAAAGUUCAUAGAGAGAAAAGGAGAACAAAGAGCGUUACCUGAAAUUGUGGGUAGUAGUUUUUUUUGUCGUCAUGAUAUUUGUGCAUGUAUGACAUUUAACAACAGAAGUAAUUUUCCCAAAAGAAGAUUUCCUUAGAAUAUGCAACUUUUUGGGUGUCAAAAUUUCAAAUUGUGUGUAUCCUAUAUCUUAGUGUAGUUUAAUCAACCACAUAGUUAAUCAGACACAUAAUUCGGGGGUAAGGCCUACAAAAUAACGGUCCAAUGGGGCUCGGAUCCAUGUUAAAAUAAGUAUAUUGUCCAGCCCAAAUUAUAUUUGUAAUUCGAUUUUUCAAUUUUGCAAGUAACACUUAAAUUAUAUUUUAUAUGUCAUUAAAUAAUAUUCUCUGCUAAUUCUAAAUUUUAAAUUUUAAUAUUUUAAGAAUAAAAACUCUAAAUUUUAAUACAAAGAAGAGAGAACAACGGGGCGACGAGUUAGGCUACGAAUACGGGUCAAACAAGAAUAUACAAGUGCAAAACUUUCUUAGAGUCUAAGCAAUAUUCUUCUUUCUAUUGGAUUUUGAAUUGAAACUGGAGAUAAAUUGAAUAAUUAUUAUUUUACAGUUACCAAGAUAUAUAUAUAACUUAUGGAUGUUAAUCUCAGGGUUAUGCCACCAUCUGAACUCAAAUCUAUAAAGUGCAUAUUAACAAAUAUAUAAUAUCGUUGUGAUAACAAUAUUACCUUUUUGUAACACCGAAAUUCUGAACCAUGAUAUCUUUUCGAAUAUGAAAGCCAAGCUGACUUAAUCCUCUCCAUGAUACAUAUUUUUACGCAAGUGCUAUCUACGCCAUUGUUAGAUGUGUGUUCGUGGUUCAAGAUUUAAGUAACCUUUAACGAUUGACGAGGAAAUUUGAUAAAAUGUUUGGUACUACUAACUGUGGUCUACAGAGUAUAUAUAUGGGCCUAUAGUUAAUAACAAAUAAUAUGUUUUCUAAAUGCUUCACCAAAUUUUUACUGUUAUGAACUUUCAAACCUAUUAAGCUAUCGUUGAUCAGUUUAGUAUCGUCAGGCGGUCCAUUCGCGUGCAACGGUGUAGACAUAUAUAUAAUCCUGUAAUGCCAUAAAGAAUUACCUGCAAACUUGGUUACAUAAUAUAAAACGUAAAUUUGAUUUCUAAGAAGUAUAAAUUUGAUUCCUAUUAAAAAUAAAGCAGAAGCGUUAUAAAUGUGAAGCAAAAGUCCACAUGCGGUCUUCCAGGCUACAAUAUAUCUGAUUUGGCGUGAACGGAACUCGCGACUCCACGCUGGCCCAUCACUUCUACUUUCUCUACUGUUUAGGCAGAUUGACAGGUGUAUCAAGGAUGCAAUCUUGGCUCGUCUCAACCGCAAGGGGUUCAGAAAUCUUCUAAGCCUCUGGUUUGCUAAUGAGUAACUGAUCUAUUACCUGAUCUCUUCCCCUAGUUUCAUGUAGGCUUUUUCCACUUUUUUUUUGGGUUUUAUGAAACUAUAAUAGCUUCGCCGAACUGAUGUAAACAAAACUGUUCCUUUUGGUAUAAAUUCACAUUUUAUCAAAAAAAAAAAAAAGUCCACAUGCGGCCAUGGGAAAACAAAAAUAUUUAAAGUAGGCAUUAAGCACAAAAUCCACCUGUUGUUGACUGGCCGAUGAAUGAGUGACUACAUGCAUGCAUAUUUGUAUAUGAUUAUAAUUGUGUGUGAUCAUCAGAACUUUUUUUUCUGAACACAGAUCAUCAGAUUCAUAAGGUCAAAACAAAAAUAAAAAUAAAAACCCUCACGGGUCACGUGCUUAAGCUGUAAAUACAGUUCUUCAGUCUUUCAUUAACUAUAGAUAUCUUCAGUUGUUUUCAUCUUAAAAGAGACACUGUUCUGCUUCUCGAGCUACCAAACCCCUUUCAUCUCCUUCAGAAAGGUCUAUUCAACCCAGCCUCAACAUUUUCUUAUAUAUCUAUCUUUAUAUUGACACAGGUAUAUAUCGUGAUUAGUAAAUUUUAAACUUCGUAUUUUACUUGCCUUUAAAGCCUUCCUUACCAAUCUUCCUUCACACCCUCUUUAAAAGUCACUUGACUUUAAUAUUUCUCUUUUUGUUUCUUUCUGCUUUUCUCUCUUUUCUUUCGAUCAUCUGAGAGCAUGCUUGAAUGUCAAGAGAAAGGGAGAGACUUGAAGAGAUAGGGAAGAAGAUCAAAAGAGAAGCAGAUGCUUGGCCUAAUCAAAUGGCAGGAAUUAGAAGACAUAUAUCUGGUCCUCCUGGAGCCCUCAAUACCAUUACUCCUUGUGCGGCAUGUAAACUUCUGCGCAGACGAUGCGCUCAAGAAUGUCCAUUUUCGCCUUAUUUCUCCCCAUAUGAGCCUCUUAAGUUCGCGUCGGUCCACAAAGUCUUUGGAGCUAGCAACGUCUCCAAGAUGCUAAUGGAGGUACCGGAAGGCCAGAGAGCAGACGCGGCAAAUAGCCUCGUGUAUGAAGCAAACGUGAGGUUAAGAGAUCCAGUGUACGGUUGCAUGGGAGCAAUCUCAGCUCUACAACAACAAGUUCAAGCUUUACAAGCCGAGCUUACGGCCGUACGAUCUGAGAUUCUCAAGUACAAGCAACGAGAAGCUGUCGCCACUUUGAUCGUACCGUCCAAUUCCCAAUAUCACAACUCUGGCGGCGUCUCCGUCAUUGCACUACCACCACAAACGCCGUCAACUCCACCGCAACCUACGGCGGCUCAUCCUCCGCCUCCUCCAUCUUCUUGUGUUUACUCUCAACCAACCACAAGAGCACUAGAAUACGGCGAGAUUGAAAGUGAGAACAACUCCUACUUCGGUUAAAAUUUAUUUGAAUCAUUCUACAAACACACAUACAUAUAAUUUAUUUCCAUAAUUUGUGGUCCGACAAUUAUAACUAAGUUAAAUAAAUAUAAGGGAGGAGGAUGAUGUUAAAGAGCCUGUCACUAAUCGAUCAAAUGUAUAUUUAUAUUAGCGCUGUUCUUUUUCUUGACGCUGCGGCAGCGAUCAGCGGGUAAAAAACACGAAGAAAAUAUUAUAAUUAACGCCAUCGUCUUUCAAGUUUGUGUCGCUGGCUUUAUAAAAACAUCCGCGUUCUCCAACUUUCUUGCCGCCGUAAUUUAUGGCGUCACAAAAGUCUCCAAUAUUUGAUCGCCGCGUUUUUGAUUUUCUAUUUUAGCCACAGUAACAAAAAAGAUGAAGCUACUGUGUAGUGUAUUUUUGUGUCGCCCAACGCUGUCGCGGCGUCAGCUAAAAGAACAGAUGUUCAUUAUGUACUCUUUACAUUUUACAUAAUCGAUAUUGAGAUGAGGUUGAAACGUUGUUCUUAAACCCACAACGUGGAAGUCCAGUUACAAACUUCCAGUACAGAACAGACUCGAAGUCUAUUUAUUUAUGUCUUAUAUAGAAGAUAAAGAAACUCGAUAAUUUCAUUGAUUAAAUCUUUAAUAAACUACACAUAUGAUAUAUUUGAAUUUUGGGUAGCUUAAAUUCAUUUAAUGAGUCAUGCGUACUUAAACUUUUUAAAAAUCUAGAAUCCAAGCAACGUAGUGAGUUAAUCCUACAAAAAGCUACUUGCACCAACUUUUUGUGAUAGCUGGCUUUGAAUGUGCACAUAUACAUCUUAUACACACACACAUAUCCCUUAUAUAUUAAAAGAGAAGCAUUGUAAUAAAUGCAUUCACACUAUAAUAUACAUGUGGCAGCCUCACAAUGAUUUGAUAAUAAAUAUGUUAACGCGUUCACACUAUAUUC